AGCUCAGCAGCCCCGCCCCUGUCCCACGUGUUCUGGCCGCGCGUUCCGGACCGGAGCUGAACUUGGGGAAGUUGUCGAGCUGCUGGACCAUGACUACCGAAGCGCUCCGGAGCCGCCUCUGCCCGGACGACUUCUGCCCGGCCGCGCUUCCCCCCGAGCCGCCACCUCGCCUCGGCCUGGACGCCCUGCGGAAGCCGGACACCGAACUGUGGCUCAUCCGGACCCCCGCGGACUUCAGCCCGAACAGCCUCAAUGGAUGCAAGGUGCCUCUUGUGGGCUUCCAGACCCUGAAGAGCCAUCGGAAUGAGGCGGGCAUCCGCCUGCGCUACCAAGUCCUGAGCAACACCUCCACCGGCCCUGAGACCCUGCUGGCCCCAGCGUCCUCUGCAGACGGCCACCUCCUCCCAGCACCAGCACUGCAGGGCACCCUGAGUGUCAUAGAAGUACCCCGCACCAAACUGUCUGGCCAGUUCCUCCAUGCCAUCCCCACCAGCCCACCCCCACAGAUCCCGCCUGGCCUACGGCCCCGAUUUCAGGCCUUUGGGGGCCGGCAGCCUGUGGUGGGGCAACCUGCCCCCUCAGGGACAGGGAAAGCAGGGGAGAUGAAGUCUUCCCGGAAAAGGAAGAAGUCUGAAUCACUGUCUCUGAGUCCAGGGCCACAGAAGGUUUUGAAUGGAGAGGGGGGGCUGGACUCUGCUCCAGGGCAAGCGUUGGGACAGGAGAUGCCAGAACUUAAGGAGCAAAUGGCAAUCAAAAUAGAGGAAGAGGUGGCAGCCCUACUACCUAUCAAGAAAAAGAAGAAAAAGAAGAAGGAACAGGAAAGAGAGAUGCCGGAGCCAGCAGGAGAGGUACCAGCAAUGGAGCUUCCACAGGAGGCCAGUUUUUCACCCACUAAACCAAAGAAAAGCAAGAAAAAACGAGAACUGGAAAGAGAGAUGAUAGAGCAGGAGGAGAGGCAACUAGAGGCUGAGGUCUGGACUGAUCUUCCAAAUGAAUCAACCCCAUCCUCUGCCAAAAAGAAGAGCAGGAAGAGGCAGGAGGCAGGAGGAGAGAUGCUGGAGCCUGAGCAAGCUGCUGGUAUGAAGGAGGAGAUAGCAGCCCUAUCUUCACCCAAGAGGAAGAAAGAAGAACCAGGAGGAGAAAUGCUGGGCCAAGAGACUGUAGUGACCGAGUCCCUUGAGGAGGCUGACUCUUUGCACAUCAAGAAGAAGAAGAAGAAGAGGAAGAAGCCAGAGGAAGGGGAGGAGAUGGCACCAGAGCCACCAAAGGAGACUGACUCCUCCACAUGGAUCCCCGCGUCAGUGGCCCCAAGCCCCAGUCAGGGGACAGAAGAGAAGAAGAAAAAGAAGAAGAGACUACAACAGGGGGAGGCUGAGCCAUUGGAAGCCUAAGUGGAUGAGCCAGCCCAUCCGAGACCAGGCCCAGUGGGGAGGGGGCCUCCUAGGGGCCAGGAAGAUGAGAUUAAAGAUCCACAGUUAGCAAAGCUUGAUCUUGGAGAGGGACUGGACCUCCACACAUCAUCCUGCUCUUGUUCCAACCCAGGGGGGAUGUCUAGUCAGUGAUGGAGACGAGUCAGCUGGUAUCCAUGCUUUAUUGCCAUCCAAUCUGGGACCCUCCCUGCCCACUCCUG